AGCCCCCGAGGGCGAAUGAGGCCGGGGACAGGUCAGGUGGGCGCUCAGGCGCCCUGGGGGCAGAGCCCGGGUCCCAAGCCCGGCUGGCCCCUGCUGCUGCUGGGCCUGGCUGUGGGUGCCCACGGCCGGCUGCCCCCCACGACAGCAGCGCCACCGGGCAGCGCCCCAGGCCCUAGAGCCCCAGGAGGAAGCAGCUCUCGGAGCCUGUGGGACAGGUUCCUGUUCUGGCCUGGCCCCCAUGGGGCAGGCCCCAGGUGCUGGCCCGGUGGGUUUUGGCCCGAAACUCAGUCACCCUGGUUUGUGUUCAGUGAAGGAAUCGAGCUCACCGUCCUAGGUCAGCCCAAGGCCUCCCCCUCGGUCACGCUCUUCCUGCCACUUUCGGGGGAGCUCGGCGCCGACAAGGCCACCCUGGUGUGCCUCAUCAGCGACUUCUACCCCAGCGGCGUGACGGUGGCCUGGAAGGCAGACGGCAGCCCCGUCACCCAGGGCGUGGAGACCACCAAGCCCUCCAGGCAGAGCAACAACAAGUACGCGGCCAGCAGCUACCUGAGCCUGACGCCUGACAAGUGGAAAUCUCACAGCAGCUUCAGCUGCCUGGUCACGCACGAGGGGAGCACCGUGGAGAAGAAGGUGGCCCCCGCAGAGUGCUUGUAGGUCCCGACGCCCCCGCCCACCUAAGGGG